AAUUGCUCUCAGAGCGGGGAGUCCAGGUUUUCACGCCGGAAAUGAGUCACCGGGCACCGGGCGUGACGCCACAGAAACGGAGACGUCCGGCCUCCCAGAAUGCAUCGCUCCGCGCGUCCUCCCAACUCAAGACAGUGCUUUCCAAUACUCUCCCGCGGCCAGUGAGGCCAUUCCGAAGGGUGAGGUGAGCGUCUGGCCUCUUGUCCCUGGUUUUCUGGUUUCUUCCGGAGCUCAGGCCUCUGAGCCGUUCUCAGGCGGAGAGACUCCGCGAGCUUGGCUAUCUGGCAGAUUUCCUUCAGUAAGAGGUGGCUCUAGCAACCUCCAGGAAAAGAGCCUGGUGUUUUGUUGUGAGGCAUGAUGGCUACAAAAGUGGUUCCUAUAUCCCAAAAGCCAAAGCAAUCUUUUGUUCUGAGAGUUCCUCCAGACUCCAAGCUGGGCCAAGACCUCCUUCGAGAUGCCACUAAUGGGCCCAAAACCAUCCACCAGCUGGUGCUAGAACACUUCCUUUCCUUCUUGCCCAAGGCAAACCUGGGCCAGCCCAAUCAGAAAGUCAAGAAGACCUUGGUUGUUAUGAAGGAUAUGAGUUCAAGCUUUCAGAACAGAGUUCAACCUUGUCCUUUAGUGAAGCUUCAGCCCAGAGAAGGAGUCCAGCAGAAACAGGAGACAGUAUCUCUGUGUUUUAAAGCUGACUGUGAGGAGCUGGUGAUCUUUGAGGAUUUGAAUGUAUUUCACUCCCAAGAAGAAUGUGUGAGCAUGGAUCCUGCUCAGCAACCCCCCUCAGAGAAGGAAGAUAACAGUGAUGUUGGGAAGAUGAUGUUACUGGUCAAUGACAGUAGUCCUGUGGGUGAAGAUCUUCAAAAGGAAGAUUAUAGAGAAAAGUCUUCAGGUGGUGAUGGGAUGGACUGUCUAUUGGUUUCUGAGCAACCUCCAGGUUGCCAAGAAGAAAAAAUAAAUACCUCUGUUCCUCAGCAAAGGAAAUUGAGAAGUCUUUUAGUUACCAUUGAAAAUGAUACUCCACUAGAGGAGCUCUCAAAAUAUGUGGACAUCAAUGUUGUUGCACUUACUCGAAAUCGGAGAACAAGGAGUUGGUAUACUUGUCCACAGUGUGCAAAACAGUUUAAUGAAAGUUCUUACCUUAUUUCCCACCAGAGGACUCACACUGAGAAACCCUAUGACUGUAGCCACUGUGGGAAAAGCUUCAGUCAUAAAACAAAUCUCAAUAAACACGAGCGAAUCCAUACAGGAGAGAAGCCUUACUCCUGUUCUCAGUGUGGGAAAAACUUUCGUCAGAAUUCUCAUCGAAGUCGUCAUGAAGGAAUUCAUGUAAAGGAGAAGAUAUUUAAGUGUCCAGAAUGUGGGAAAACCUUCCCAAAGAAUGCAGAGUUUGUGCUUCAUCUGCAGAGUCAUGAGGCCAAGCGACCAAAUAGUUGCAGAAACUGGGAGAAGUUUUGGUCGACUGUCCAACUGCACCCAGCAUGAGAGAAUCCACUUGGCAUAUAAGACACAAAA